AUGCCUGGCCUUCCAACUAGUAUUGAUUUGGACGAGUGCAUCGAACGGAUCUACAAACGCGAACUGCUGGCAGAUUCGGUUAUUGAAGCGAUAUGCUCCAAGGCAAAGGAGCUGUUAAUGAAAGAGAGUAAUGUCGUACAUAUUGCUGCUCCAGUUACUGUUGUCGGCGACAUACAUGGCCAGUUUUACGACUUGAUUGAGAUUUUUAAGAUUGGAGGAUUCUGCCCUAAUACAAAUUACCUCUUUCUUGGGGACUAUGUCGAUCGAGGACUGUUCAGCGUGGAGACAAUCUCCUUGCUUAUCUGUCUAAAGCUCAGAUACCCCGAACGAGUCCAUUUGAUCCGAGGAAACCAUGAAUCGCGAGGUGUCACGCAGUCGUACGGUUUCUACACCGAAUGCGCUCGAAAAUACGGCAACGCCAAUGUCUGGCACUAUUUCACCGACAUGUUCGAUUUUCUUACUCUGAGUGUCGUUAUAAAUAACCAAAUCUUCUGUGUCCACGGCGGCCUGUCUCCUUCCAUUCAUUCGAUUGACCAGAUCAAGAUCAUCGACCGGUUCCGCGAGAUACCACAUGAGGGGCCCAUGGCCGAUCUAGUCUGGUCAGACCCGGACACCGAACGUGAUGAAUUUUCUUUAUCUCCUCGAGGUGCAGGUUACACUUUUGGAGCACAGGUGGUCAAGAAGUUUUUGGAAGUGAACAGCAUGUCGCAUAUCUUGCGCGCACACCAGCUGUGUCAGGAAGGGUACCAGGUGCUAUACGAUGACCGAUUGAGUACUGUAUGGAGUGCGCCGAACUACUGCUACCGGUGUGGAAAUUUAGCGAGUGUGCUAGAAGUCAGUGAUACUGGUGAACGAUUCUUCAACAUCUUUGAUGCUGCGCCGGAGAACAAUGAUGUCCAUCGCGGAGACCAGGCGACCCAGCAGGGGAAAGAUGGACAGAAUCCGAGCAGAAAGAAAGAAAAAGCAAGAGAGAUUCCCCAUCCAAUCCAGCCAGAUGAACUUCCAAGGAGUUUCAGUCUUGAUAGGUUUUUAAGAGGGUAUUUUCUUCAACAGAGUGUUAUAAGCCAGAGUGGUACAAAGGCAGACACAAAGAAGAAGCGAGAAAAGAGGUAG